UUAAAACAUACUGUGUGAAUAAAUCGUGAUUAAUUGAAAAAAAUUUUUUGUUUUUAAAAGAAUCAACAAUGAUGAAACAAAAUUUGUUAAGAAAUUCAAAUUAUAAUUUCCAAUUGAAACGGAUUUAUUUCAUGUUAAUAAUUAUUAUGAUUACUGUGAUUAUUAUACCGAAUGAAACAUUUUCAAUGACUCUAUAUAGUCAUAGUCAAAAACCAAAUAAUUUUAUUCAUGAUAUUGACUAUAACAAUAUGGAUGAUGAUUAUCAACAUUAUUUAAGUCAACAACAUCACCAACAACUACAAUCAUCUAAUUUAUAUCCAUUUGAUUUAUUCAAUUAUCUUCAUAGUAUUAGUACACAAAAACGUGCACCUGCACCAUCCGCCGCAUCAUCAUUCCGCAAUUCACCAUCAUUUUCAUUCAAUGGUGAUAUGCGUUUAAUUUCGAAUUUACGACAUAUGAUGUCUGGUGCUAAUCCAUUGACAGCAUUUGGAUAAAUAUGUUACUUUCACAUUCAUUACAUUUAUGGUAAACAAAAAAUAAGGAAAGAGGACUCGGUUUGUGUUUUUGUUUGUUUGUGUAUUUUUGAGAAAAAAUUUAUAUUGUUCACUUUGGUUAUUUAUAUGAGAGAGA